ACAAAGCUGCACAUCAUCACACACUGAGCUGCAAUAUUACUGCUUCACCUGUGAGUCAACUACUAAAAAGUGAAGAUGGGGAAAAUUAAUGGAUGCCUUAAGUGUGUUUUUAUCUUCUUCAACGUGUUGUUUCUGCUCCAGGGAUGUGGAAUGAUUUUUCUGGUAGCAAGCCUCCAUUUUUUCUGCAUUACCUACCACAUCCAGCUCUCGGCUCUUGGUAUGCCAGGCAUAGGCUGGUUUUGGCUGUUUGCCUUAGGUAUCAUCAGUGUCUCCUCCCUGGGAAUCUUUGCUGCCUGCUGUGAGAAAAACCUCGCCCUCAAAAUAUUUGCAGGCCUCAUGGGGAUCGGGAUGCUUGUCAUGCUCAUCGUCGGCAUCAGUGUAGUUGUCAAAAGAAACCAGAUAAAGACUGCCUUCCUGAGUACCUCCAGUGAUCUUGUGAAGCCCUACAUGACAACACCAGGCAUUACAGACAUGAUUGAGGCUCUACAGAAAUUUUUCGAAUGCUGUGGAAUAGGGAGUGCUGAGGACUGGGGUGAUGAAAUCCCUGACUCCUGUGGAUGCAGCUCUUCAACGGCUUCAUCUAAAUGCAAAUCCAGACCUUCGGGAACCAGUGGCCCAUUUGAAAUCUACUCAUUGGCCUGCGGUGAACAUGUCUUUGGGUUCUUGGAUUAUAUCUUCCAGUUAUUUAUGGCCUUCUUCUUUGUAUAUGCUGUUACAGCACUGCUGGGCCUGCUUAUUACCCUCUGGAUGAUCCAUCAGGUCAGACGUAACAACCCUGAUGAACCCAUUACCAUGGAGGACAAAUGAAGGGAACCACCAUGCACUCGUGUCCUCUAACCUUUGCACUUGUUAGGGUGUAAAGAGGACUCAGUGGUCAGGACAUGGCCUCCUUUUUAACUUUGUUUUACAAAAAAACCCCCAAAACUACUUUGUGCUUUUAAUGAGAGAGGGAAGCAAGAGGCAGAUGUCGAUGUGGCGUGCUGCAGGAUUUUAUUCAGGACAGAAACUGCUGACGUGCAGACUUUUUCUUCCAGCUUUCUAAUGUAAAAAGUUUAGCUUAAAAAGCAAAACAUUUAUUUUUUUCUUGUGUUAUUUGAUGCUUUGCAGCAUUGUAGUCAUCUUCUAUAGAGACGUAUUAAAGAAAAGAAGCUGAACCUCCAAAUCUGGCUGCAACUCAAAGUUGUUGAGGACAAUAGAUUUUAGUGGUUGCAGCUGAAAAAAGUGAAAACUUACAACUGUUAAAAUUCAUCCAAGGAACAUCCUGUUGGCUAGUUUGGAAUGAUUCUUAUUUCUCAAAGCUGGAAGGGGCAUAAAAAAGAAAAUAAAAAAAUAGAACACACAAAAUAAAAAAAAAUAAAAAAUAGGAACCAGGGUCUUCUCCAGAUUUGCAAACUUA